AUGCCAAGAGAUAGAACAAGUAGGUUUAAGGACAUGAAUGGAGAAGUGGUGCAUAAUUUAUUUGGUAUCAGCAGUUUCUCUGAGUACACAGUGGUUGAUGUAACACAUGUGGUUAAAAUUCGCCAUGAUUUUCCUCUUGAUAAGGCUUGCUUGCUCAGUUGUGGUGUUUCCACAGGGGUAGGGGCGGUGUGGAAAGUGACAGAUGUAGAAAAAGGGUCCACAGUUGCGGUUUUUGGCCUUGGUGCUGUUGGUUUAGCUGCGGAUGCUAACCAUGUCAUUCCCCAGACCAAUAUUGAUAACCUCUGCGCUCAAGGUGCUUGUUCUCAACCGUCUCAAGUGAUGCAACAUCAAGCUAAAGAAGCUGAUAUACAUGCACUUUCUGAACUAACGCGUGCUCUAGAUAAAAAGGUAUGA